AUGUAUGGAGAAAAAAAAGAAGAAUUCACUGAUGAACAGGAUGGAAAUGUCUCCAUUCUUGAUGAUGAGUCAGAAGAUGAAAAUCAUGGCAGAACCCAAAAGGUCCUUAAUCAAGACAGCACUCUGCUGUAUGUUAAUGAAGGGGACAAUAUCACAGUUACUUGCCUUUAUCAAAGUGAUAUUGAUAUGCAUUUCUCAUGGUACAAGCAUAAAUUUAGUCAGAAGCCUGAACUCAUUGCAACUAUCUACAAAUAUGACACGAAGGCCACAUUCUAUGAUGGAUUCAAGAAUAAUGCUCGUUUUACCUUGGUGAUCGGAAAGGAUAGAAAUUAUUUGGUGAUAACAGAGUUAGAGGUCUCAGACUCUGCUACUUAUUACUGUGGAAAUGCUCAAUCCAACAUAGUGGAAUUUGGGAAAGCAACAAAAUUGACUGUAAAAGCUUCACAGUCCCAUAGCCUGUCUGUUCUCCAGCAGCCUGUGUUGGAGCCAGUCCAUCCAGGAAACUCUGUGACUCUGCAGUGUACAGUCCUCACUGAGAACUAUGCAGGAGGACACAGUGUCUACUGGUUCAGACAUGACUCAGGAGAAUCUCUUCCAGGAAUUAUUCACACUCAUGGAGACAUCAGUGAUAAGUGUAAGAAUAGCUCUAAGGCCAGAUCUCCUACACAGAGUUGUGUGUAUGAGCUCCCAGUGGAGAAUCUCAGACUCUCUGAUGCUGGAGCUUACUAUUGUGCUGUGGCUAUCUGUGGAGAGAUUAUUUUUGGAAAUGGAACUAAACUGGAUAUCAAAGUACCAGAGAAUUGUACAUCUUGGAAUUCAACGAUACUUGCUUUGGCAACAUCAAACAUAAUUUGUGUGUCUGUGAUUGUUAUACUUGGAAGACUGUUAUGCAAGCACUGGCUACAAAGCCACAGACCAGACCCAGGACCCGAUAGUGCUUUGAGGUUGAGCAACAAAGCCAUAAACAGCCUAGCUGUCAAGAUCGCCUGGUGUCCUGACCCUUAA